GUUUUCAUUUGCUGAUCAACCGCUACACGUACAACAAGAAUCAUGGAAUCUCUUUUCACGAUGACAUUAAAGAAGGAUAUGAUGUGGACAAAGAUCCCAUUACUUCUUUCUCCUGCCGACUGGGGUCUUUGCUGGUUAUCAUCUCCAGCGCAGCACCAGAGAAACAAGAGAAGACCGAGGGCAAACGUGCGUUUGUUGUGUAUCAGCCUCCGGGAACAAUUCUUGUGAUGGGCGGCAAGUUUCAGAGAGCUUACAAACAUGGUGUACCAAGUUUUCCGGAGAUCAAAGAGCUUCUUGCUUGUGCAGACGACUUGACUACUUGGGACGGUGUGAAACUAAAAUUGGAGUGGUUUUCGAAUUCGAAACACUUGAUGCGAGAGGAAGUUAGACGUAUUGACGCCUUGAAUCUGGUCAACGAGCAAGACGCACGUUGGAACGUCACAAUGCGAUGGGUGAGAAAUCAUUCACAGCCUUUCUGUCCUCUAAAUCCCCGACUCUUGGCAAAUAUCAGUCGACUGGAUGAAGAAAAUCAUCAGCGGAGGAAUCAGCUGAAGCAGCUGAAACUGUCGAGCCCGGUAUUGCAGAAAAAAACUGCAGAGCCAAAGGCAAAGGCCGCUAGCCCGGCAUUUGCUCGGAACCCGCCCGGAGGAAACAGAGCUCGUCCAAGCAAAAGCGGAACACAGGAUGUGAAUCCGGGGAGGGAAACCGAGGAGAAAGAAUCGGAGAAAGAUUCAGAAAAGGAAUUAAAUGAGAUAUUUGACUUCGUUUCUAUUAUUUCUGAUGCCCUGGAGCUGCAGAUAUUAUCAGACGAUCAGAUGAUGGACAUGGCAUUGUGUGGCAGCCAGCAAAUUCGCAAACAUCGUUUCUCCACAUUUCAGGAACAGUACAAUCUUGGUUACAAUUUGUACAACAAGAUUUCGGCAGCCAAUAUGAAAGUGAAAGAGGAUUUAGACCCGUUACUCAAGGCUGUAGAUCGGAAACUGAGGAGAUUGAAAAACUUGCAGAUGCUUAUUGAGCUUUUGUGGUUGGACAGCGAAGGUCAGGGCAAUUUCAUGAGCUGUACUACUCUGAACCAGCAGCACGAGUUCAACAAGUCAAAUGAUUAUCUGAAUCGGGUUGUGAUGUCCUUCUUUGACUUGAACGAAUGCUUGCCUGUGGACGGCUUUUUGAGCUGGGAUCACAUGAUUGAGGAAGGAUGGCUGGUGUUCAAUUUCGACACUUUACAGGACAAUCGAAAACCCAAAGCGGAG